AUGAAGUCCAAGUGGGAUGGCAUUUUCGCCGCACUGGAGGUGCUUCCUUUUGUAAUGUCCGAGAUGGAAGUCCCUUUGGCAUCACUGUCAUUAACCCAUGUCCAUUACAACCCGGACGACCCCAUAUCCCACGCGUCUGCCUUCCUAGCUCUAGUCCCACAAGCGCUAUGCAUUAUUUAUGUCACUCUCAUCUGGGCAACGCGCGAGGUGGAGGUCCUGCUUAUGUUUGCCGGUCAGAUGCUCUGCGAAGGGUUGAAUCUCGUCUUGAAGAGGUUGAUACGCGAGGAGAGACCAGCUCAGAUGUUUGGAAAGGGUUAUGGGAUGCCAUCUUCACAUUCCCAAUUCGUCGCUUUCUUCUCCCUCUCCCUUACAUUUUUUCUCCUUGUCCGACAUGUACCUGACCCUUCAACCAAUCGUUCUUCCUCUACAUUUAUGCAACGAGCAGCGCUUUCGGUCUUAGCCUGUAUAUGUGCUGGUUCAGUCGCUGCCAGCCGCGUGUAUCUCAAUUAUCACACUCCGAAGCAGGUUCUAGCGGGUUAUACUGCAGGGUUGGUUUGCGGAAUAUCGUGGUUCUGGUUCUCCAGCUAUCUACGACGGGAAGGCUGGGUUGAUUGGGCUUUGGAAACACAGCUAGCGAGAAUGGCUAGAAUGCGUGAUCUGCUUAUUGAAGAAGACCUCGUCGAGGCAGGUUGGCAACGGUGGAACGACCAAAGAGUGGCAUUCAAGCGGAAAGCUAAACCUUCUCAAUAUGCACGCGGAACCACUGCUUAG